AUGGCUGCUACAGAAGGACAACACGUCAUGGCUCUCGUUAGCAAACGUCUGCGUACCCACCGUAAGAAAUACAACCGAAUCACUGAGAUGGAAGAGUCUAUUUCUCAGGGUAAAACACUCGACAAGGAGCAAAAAGAAACCAUCCUCUCUAAGCCAAUCGUCACUGCCCUAAUCCAAGAGCUCGAAAAGCUCCGCCUUCCUCUUCCUUCCGCCGCCGUUUCAGAAGAGAUCAUCAGCCUCGCUGCCUAUGCACGUAAGGAGGUGCCGCCUGAGGAGAAAGACGUGACUUCCAAGACAGACAUGGAGGAUUGCAAGGUCUCUGAUGAGGUUUCGAAAGACGAUAUAUCUCCUUGUAGCGAAAGCUCUCAAGACGUUACACCAUCGCCACCUUCUACAAGUAGUGGAAAGGCACGACGUAAAAAGAAGUCUAAGAUACCUCAGACCACGAACUGA